AUGUCUGUAACUCUGCACACAAAUCUCGGGGACCUCAAAAUCGAGAUGUUCUGUGAGAGCGUCCCCAAGACGGCCGAGAACUUCCUCGCCCUCUGCGCGUCCAAUUAUUAUGACGAGUCUCCCUUCCACCGGGUGAUACCCGGCUUCAUGGCCCAGACUGGCGCGCCGGCGCAUCCGUAUCCCCCAGAAAACCCAAAGGGUGGCCGCUCCAUCUUCAGCGCCGCCGAGGGCUUCGAGGACGAGAUCCGGCCGGCGCUGCAGCACCACGGCCGCGGAGUGCUCAGCAUGGCCAACAAGGGCCCCAGGACCAACGGCAGCCAGUUUUUUGUCUUGUUUGACCGUGCGCCGCACCUGGAUGGGCUAAACACCGUCUUUGGGAAGCUGCUGGGCGACGACAGCCUCGACACGCUGGCCAAGAUCGAGCAGGUUGAGAUCGACAAGAAGAACCGCCCCAAGGAACCAGUCCACAUAAUCAACGUCACGAUACACGCAAACCCGCUGGCGGCGUGA